AAGCGUGAAUCCAUCUCUUGUGGUGCGGACACGCAGGCGUCACCAUGGGUGAGAGAAAAGGAACAAACAAAUACUACCCUCCAGAUUUUGACCCGGCCAAGCAUGGAUCACUCAACGGCUACCAUAAAACCCAUGCUCUCAGGGAGAGGGCCAGGAAGCUGUCUCAGGGCAUCCUCAUCAUCAGGUUUGAGAUGCCCUACAACAUCUGGUGUGAAGGCUGCAAAAAUCACAUUGGCAUGGGGGUCCGUUACAAUGCGGAGAAGAAGAAAGUGGGGAACUACUACACCACGCCAAUCUACAGGUUCAGGAUGAAGUGCCACCUGUGUGUCAACUACAUUGAGAUGCAGACGGACCCGGCGACUUGCGACUACCUGAUCGUUACCGGAGCAAACAGGAAGGAGGAGCGCUGGGACAUGGAAGAAAAUGAGCAGAUCCUCACCACAGAGCGAGCAGAGAAGGAGAAGCUGGAGACAGAUGCUAUGUUCAAGCUGGAUCAUGGUGGAAAAGACAAAGAGAAGCUGAAGAAGGCUCUGCCCUCCCUGUCUGAGAUCCAGGACCACCAGUCUGGCUGGAAGGACGACUUCCAGCUCAACAGCACUCUCCGCACCAAGUUCAGAACCCAGAAGAAAGUAAUAGCUGAGCAGGAGGAGAAGGACAAUGCUGUGAGGAUGAGGACAAACCUGUCCAUCCCACUGCUGCCAGAGAAGGAGGAGGACAAGAAACUGGCAGCUCUACUCACCUACCAGGCCCCCGACUCCUAUGAGGACAAGAAGCACAGCAAGCGGAAAGAGAUCUGCUCCCGUUCCUGGUUCAACUCCACCACAGCCACACCAGGGAGCGCUGCAGGCAGUCUGAUCCAGAAGCUGGCCCUGCAGGGGAGAGAAGCAAGGGUGGCCAAAGCCCUCAGCUCCUCCCCCGCCCAGCUGAUCCGAAAACACCCAGGAGGAUUUAGCAUCAAAACCGAACCCCGUGCCACCGGCACCCGCAGGAAGUCAGACCCUGAGGUCAACACAUGUGUCGAUGAGGUCGCUCAGACAGAAUGUGAGCAGCCAGAUGCAGUUGUUAGACCACGAGCGGAUCAGGAAGCAGCAGAGACGAACGACAGAGUUAAAACCACAGAGGAAGUGAAUGGAGGACUGAUGAACGCAGAGGACUCUGAGAAAGAGAAGGACAGAAGCCGAGGACCAAUCACGUCCCUCGUGGCCGACUACAGUGAUUCAGAUUCAGACCCUGGACAAUGAGGCUGCUCCUCACGGAAGUGUUCAACAGGACAGUGGAGGCCACAUCGUGUUAUUUUGAUUUAAUUUAUAUUUUCACUUUCACUCGUCAGUCUGGUUUUACAGUACGGACACAUAUUCUUAACGAAACAUCUGGAAUCAAAAUGUCUUUUUCAGCAUAAAAGGUUUUCAAAAUGUACAAAGUAAGUGUCAUGUGACAUUUAAGUUUCUUCGAAAUGUUUAAUGAAAUGUAUAUUGCAGAGAUUCUCAAUUAAAACAUCGUAAGAAAUA